GUUGAACAACGGAUCGAGUUGCCCUUUAUGCUCAUUUAUCUUCAUCUGACAGCUUUACAAGGUUUCACUCGAGAAUGAAUCGUACAUAAGAUUGCUGGAUUUGAUUACGCUUAACUUGGCAAGUCACUGUUGUCUUCUAUGCACCAUGGAGAUCCUGGCAGAUUGUGGGUCUGAGCCUCUGAGAAAACUUUUCUUUUGGCUUGAGAAAAGAAUGAAAUCUGCGGCAGUUGGAAGAAUCAUAAUUUGGAAAAUGUUGACAAAAAAAAGAAAGAAAGUGUUCUAGUAACAAACCAAGUAACCAUGUAUCACUUUCAGCUAACUACUACUGGUGCCAUCCUGGACUCUCUCCAACAACCUCAGUCUCUCCAAAGUUGGAAACCUGAACAGUCAAGCCAUGUCGGCCACGUGGCAGCACGGGGCACUACUUAGAAAACGACAUGCCGGCGCGACUCUGUUAAUAACAAACCACUUCGUUUUCCUCCUACAGUUCCUAGUAUUCCCUGGACCGUCCCACAACUUUCACCUCUCAUCCAAGUGCUAAUGCCAAAACUACCCCCAUCUCUCUCAUGUGGUGAAUGAACAUGGGGUGGAUCCAAGCAUGACAAUUCAGUCAUUUCGUAAGCCAUUUAUCUUAUAAAAAACCUGCCCAAUAAAAUCUCGCCGGCCAUAUCUAUUUUAUCUACUUUGCCGCCACUUUCAAAAGUUUGUUUUUUAGUCACUAACCGUUUGUCACUGCUCGCCAAAGGAGCCCUCAUAUCUCCAUCAUUCUUUCCCCUUUCCAUCUCUCUCUCUCUCUCUAUCUCUCUCUCAUGCGUGCGCACGAACAAGUAAAAUGAUGAAGAAUCACAAGGAGAUCAUAGAUUCAGAUCAACCCAUCAAGCCUCGACGCGCCAAGUCCCGCGAAGUGAGCUCCCGGUACCUCUCCCCGACGUCAACUCCCACUCAUGACAGUGGGAUCCAGUCGUCAACACAAGGCUCAUCGCCAAUGCGGCGUAAGUCCGGCACAAGCUCCCAAGAUUCUCGGAAGCACCGGAGCCUCGAGGAUUUGGGCUUUGCCAGAGGAUUGUUGUGGCCUUCGGCGACUGCGAUCUCAUCCCCUUCGCAGUCGUCGAACAAGAAACUGGACACUCUCGCUGAUCAUCUCGGGAACGACAGAUUGAAUGAUCUUUUGGACCACAAAAGAGGAAAUAAGGUCGCGAGUGCUGAGAAUUCCGCACAUUUGAGCAGGCAGAGGAGCAGCACCGAGAUCAAUAGAAUCGAGAAUCUGAAAGGGAGCAGUAAAGAGAACCGCGGGCCUAUUCUCGGCGGUUCCAUGAGGUACACCGGUAAUUUAUUGUUUGCCGGUAGAAAAUCUUCGUCGUCUUCAAACAAGGGGCCGGAUAGUCCUGCCCCGAUGAUCCCUCGAAGAUUCUCAGUUGAUGAAAAUGCUCUUUUCAAGAAAUCCUCCAGAAGGAAAUCUGAUUCUUCCACGGACCUUUCUCUUGAAUCUGAAUCCGAAUGCAGCGAUGUUUCCUCUUCAGCAUCCAAUUUAUCAUCGAUGACAACAAUGGGGAAAGCUGGUAUAGAGGUUUCAUCCAAGUACAUGAAUGAUGUAACAGGAAGGUCCAGCAGGGGGACUUCAGAUUCGAAUGUUCAGCAUCCUCUAUCAUUCGAUGAGACGGCUCGGUCAAACAAGUGUACAGUAAAAGGCACAAUCAAAAGGGCUAGUUCGCUUACUGGGUAUGGGAGUGCAAUGUCGCAAUGGGCUCUGUCACCCGGCAGGUCAUGUUCAUCUCCAAUGUCUGUACAAAAUAAAGAGAGGCCGUUGUUUUUUUCAAGCUUGAAGCCACCUUCAAGUCCCUCGAGGCACACUGGUGUGGAGAAGUUGCUUAAUAUGGGACUUGACUUGUUCAAGAGCAAGAAAACCUCAUCUCAUGCAUCUUCUCUGGGUCCUGCUGGUGCGGAAAAUGUUCAUCAACUUCGUCUGUUUCACAAUCGGUUGAUUCAAUGGCAGUAUGCGAAUGCUAAAGCCGACACUGCGAACUUGAAGAUCACUAGCCAGACUGAGAGAAAUUUAGUAUGUGCUUGGAGCAGUCUUACCAAAUUGCAGCAUUCUGUGCUCCAGAAGAAAUUACAGAUGAUGAAAGAAAAGUUUCAAAUGAAGCUGAACCUGAUACUCCAAUCCCAAAUUAGACCCCUGGAAACUUGGGGUGACAUGGAAAGGCAACACUUUCUAGCAAUUUCCAAGACAACCGAGUCCUUGCAAUCCAUUGUCUGUAGAUUACCGCUUAUCGAAGGUGCAGAGGUAGAGCCACAAUCUACUUCGUUCGCUCUUCGACACGCGUUGGAUCUCACAACGUCUAUCAAGUCGGCAAUAACCGAUAUUUCCCCUUCAGGAGAUGGCACCAUUCCAUUGCUCUCCGAGUUGGCGAAGGUGGUCGGGCAAGAAAAGCUGCUCUUGGAGGAGUGCCUGGAGUAUCUUAGGACCAUAUCCACGCUAGAGAUCCAAGAGAGGAGUUUAACAUGUGGCAUGAUUCAAAUGAAUCUAUGGCAACAGCAGCACCAGCAGCAGGAACAAGUACUACUACGAUGACAACAACAAUGUCGAUAGGUGGCUUCACUCGAGAGUCGGGACGAAAAUCCAAUCGGACUGACAUGUUAGAUGCCUAGACAAUUUGAUUCGCUGCUUGAUCGAAGCAGUACGAUUUAGGAAAACCGGGUUCACUGAUUCAUUUUGUAGGCGGAACUAAGAAAUGUGUCAGCUGAGGCUCAAAUGCCAACAACUGCGGCGCUGCUU